AUGCGUCCCACUCCCAUCGAACUGUUUCUGUUGGUUUUGCUGUUUUUUUCUCUUCACUCUCAAACUUUGUCGAAACAUCAUCCUACUAUCAACCGUCUGCUUCACCGUUUGGAUUCCUUACGACCUACUCCGUCUGUACAAGAAUCAGCAGCAAAGGGUUUGUUGCAGAGACUGAUUCCGACCCAUUUUCACAGCUUUGAUUUCACAAUCAUCUCAAAGGAUGUUUGUGGUGGCAGCAGCUGCUUUCUAAUUGAAAACUAUGAUGGCCCUAGACGAAUGGGUCCUGAGAUUGUGAUUAAAGGCACAACUGGAGUUGAGAUUGCUUCCGGGCUCCACUGGUAUUUGAAGUAUAAAUGUAAUGCUCAUGUUUCUUGGGACAAGACUGGUGGCAUCCAGAUUUCCUCUGUUCCACAACCUGGACAUCUACCUCGUCUAGAUUCUAAACGCAUCUUGAUUCGCCGUCCUGUCCCUUGGAACUACUACCAAAAUGUGGUUACAUCUAGCUAUUCAUAUGUUUGGUGGGGAUGGGGGAGAUGGGAGAGAGAGAUUGACUGGAUGGCACUGCAAGGAAUCAACUUGCCUCUAGCAUUCACCGGGCAAGAAGCUAUCUGGCAAAAGGUUUUCAAGAGGUUCAAUAUCAGCAAAGAAGAUCUGGAUGAUUAUUUUGGUGGACCAGCGUUUCUCGCUUGGGCUCGCAUGGGAAAUCUUCAUGCGUGGGGUGGUCCAUUGUCUAAAAACUGGUUAGGUGAUCAGUUGCUUUUGCAGAAACGGAUACUUUCUCGGAUGCUGGAGCUUGGCAUGACUCCAGUACUUCCAUCAUUCUCAGGCAAUGUUCCAUCAGCUUUGAGAAAGAUAUACCCCGGGGCAAACAUAACUCGACUUGAUGACUGGAACACGGUGGAUGGUGAUUCUCGCUGGUGCUGCACUUACCUUCUGAAUCCUUCUGAUCCUCUCUUCAUUGAUAUUGGAGAGGCUUUUAUCAAACAGCAAAUUGAAGAGUAUGGAAAGAUUACAAACAUCUAUAACUGUGAUACAUUCAAUGAGAAUACUCCUCCCACAAGUGAACCUAAAUACAUAUCUUCACUAGGAGCUGCAGUGUACAAAGCUAUGUCUAAGGGAAACAAGGAUGCUGUAUGGUUAAUGCAAAAUGACAAGGCAAGGACUUCGUCAUUUCAUGCCAUGAUCUUUGAAAAGCUUUCUUACUUGAGACCCACCUUUGUGCAGGGUUGGCUUUUUAGUUCAGACUCGAAAUUCUGGAAGCCGCCCCAGAUGAAAGCGCUCUUACAUUCGGUUCCCUUUGGAAAAAUGAUAGUUCUUGAUCUAUUUGCUGAAGUCAAACCGAUAUGGAACACGUCCGCCCAAUUUUAUGCAACUCCUUAUAUCUGGUGCAUGCUUCACAAUUUUGGAGGAAACAUUGAAAUGUAUGGUAAUCUUGAAUCAAUUUCUUCAGGACCUGUAGAUGCUCGUGUCAGUGAAAAUUCAACCAUGGUCGGUGUGGGAAUGUGCAUGGAGGGAAUAGAGCAUAACCCAGUGGUUUACGAGCUAAUGUCUGAAAUGGCAUUUAGAGAUGAGAAAGUUGAUGUACAGAAAUGGCUGAAGAGCUAUGCACGCAGAAGAUACAUGAAAGAAAAUCAUCAAGUGGAGGCCGCUUGGGAGAUUCUCUAUCACACUGUCUACAAUUGCACUGAUGGAAUUGCAGAUCAUAACACAGAUUUCAUAGUAAAGCUUCCGGACUGGGAUCCAUCAAGUUCUGUACAAGGCGAAUCGAGAGAAACAGAUCCAUAUAUGAUCUCCACUGACCCAUAUGAAACAAAAAGAAGGUUCUUGUUGCAAGAUGAUAACUCUGGUUUGCCUAAGGCGCAUUUAUGGUAUUCUACAAAGGAGGUGAUCAAAGCUCUCCAACUUUUCCUGGAAGCUGGGGAUGAUCUGUUCGGGAGCUUAACAUAUAGGUACGACAUGGUUGAUUUGACGCGGCAAGUUUUAUCUAAGCUAGCAAACAAGGUGUACUUUGAAGCGGUGACCGCUUUUGUAAAGAAAGAUAUUGGAAGCUUAAGACGAUUGAGUGACAAGUUUCUUGAGCUUAUAAAGGACAUUGAUGUUUUGCUUGCUUCGGAUGAUAAUUUCCUUCUGGGGACAUGGCUUGAGAGUGCAAAGAAAUUGGCCAGAAACGUUGAUGAAAGGAAACAGUAUGAGUGGAACGCGAGAACACAAGUAACGAUGUGGUAUGACUCGAAAGAUGUGAACCAAAGCAAGCUUCAUGAUUAUGCAAACAAGUUCUGGAGUGGGUUACUUGAAGACUACUACUUACCCCGAGCGACGUUGUAUUUCAAUGAAAUGCUGAAAAGCUUAGGAGAUAAGAAGAAACUUGAGAUAGAGGAAUGGCGAAGAGAAUGGAUAACAAUGUCACACAAAUGGCAGCAAAGUUCAUCAGAGAUUUAUCCUGUUAAGGCAAAAGGAGACGCCUUGGCGAUUUCAAGGCAUCUGUUGCAUAAGUACUUCACAUGA